AUGAGUAGCGAAAUUGACGGUAUCCUCAAGAAUCUUGCUACAAUUCCAGGAGUCACAGGAUGGAUGGUUCUUAAAAUGAACGGUCUCCCAUACAAAACUUCCUUGAGAGAAGCCGAAUCCGUUCAUUAUGCUGGCCUUGUCAGUGAAUUCGUCAAAAAGGCUAAGACAACACUUGAGAACAGCCUUCUUCCAGGAGCUAUCAGCCAAAUUCGCGUUAGAUCUCACAAGAACGAAAUUAUUAUCGUUCCAGAUAACGACUUCAUUUUAGUUGCAAUUCAAGAUGCCGCAAUACCUGCUUAA